GCCGCGGAGCAGCAUGGCGGAGCCCGGGCAGCGGCCGCGCGGCCGCCCGCCACCCAUCUGAGCCGGGCUCGGGGGCAGCCGGGCGCCCCAGACCCGACCCCCACCCCUGCCGCGCCCUCCGCCGCACUUGUCCCACUGCGCGCCCCCUGGAGCGCCGCGCACCCCUGGGACCCUUGUGCGUCGGGUGCCCAGCAUAAUUCCGAGACCCCAGCGUACCCCGCGAUCUCGGUUCUGCCCCAGGAACCUCGCGCGCCACUGGACCCCGACGCAGUCCCGGGACCUCCGCGCGCCCCAGGACCCCCGCACGCUCCCAGAAGUCCCGGGCUCGGCCAACGGGGCUGAGCGCCCUGGUGAGGCGCCCCGCCCCAGAGGGUCCCCCUGUUCUAACUGACGGAGCCCCGCCCCAGAGAAACCCCCAGGUCCGGCAGGGACAUUCAGCCACGCCCCAGAGGGCUUCCAGCAUCCCGCGGCUGGAGCCCUGCGCUCCAGAGGAAACUCUGCGCCCAGCUGGGGGCUGCCCGCCCCGCCGAGGGGGCGCCGCCCAGGAGAAUCCCCCGCGCCCCGCGGGCCCCGGCAGGAUGAACGCCGCCCUGGCGGGGCCGCUACUCGCCGCCCUCCUCGCCACCGCCCGCGCCCGCCCGCAGCCCCCGGACGGAGGACAGUGCCGGCCGCCCGGAUCGCAGAGGGACUUGAACUCCUUCCUGUGGACUAUUCGGCGUGACCCCCCGGCCUACCUGUUUGGCACCAUCCAUGUUCCCUAUACCCGUGUCUGGGACUUCAUCCCAGACAACUCCAAGGCGGCCUUCCAGGCCAGUGCCCGCGUCUACUUCGAGCUGGACCUGACAGACCCCUACACCAUCUCGGCGCUGGCCAGCUGCCAGCUGCUGCCGCAUGGAGAAAACCUACAGGACGUGCUGCCCCGCGAGCUCUACUGGCGCCUAAAGCGCCACCUGGACUAUGUGAAGCUGAUGAUGCCCUCGUGGAUGACACCUGCCCAGCGGGGCAAGGGGCUCUAUGCUGACUACCUGUUCAACGCCAUUGCGGGCAACUGGGAGCGCAAGCGGCCAGUGUGGGUGAUGCUCAUGGUGAACUCCCUCACAGAGACAGACGUGCGCUCCCGUGGCGUGCCCGUGCUGGACCUCUACCUGGCCCAGCAGGCUGAGAAGAUGAAGAAAAGCACUGGGGCUGUGGAGCGCGUGGAGGAGCAGUGCCACCCGCUCAACGGCCUCAACUUCUCCCAGGUGCUGUUCGCCCUGAACCAGACCUUGUUGCAGCAUGAGAGCGUGCGGGCAGGGAGCCUGCAGGCACCCUACACCACGGAGGACCUCAUCAAGCACUACAAUUGUGGGGACCUCAAUGCGGUCAUCUUCAACCAUGACACGUCCCAGCUGCCCAACUUCAUCAACACCACCCUCCCUCCGCACGAGCAGGUGACGGCCCAGGAGAUCGACAGCUACUUCCGCCAGGAGCUCAUCUAUAAGAGGAACGAGCGCAUGGGGAAGAGGGUCAUGGCACUUCUGCAAGAGAACGAAGACAAGAUCUGCUUCUUUGCCUUCGGAGCAGGUCACUUUUUGGGAAACAACACAGUCAUAGACAUCCUGCGGCAGGCAGGGCUGGAGGUGGACCACACACCUGCAGGGGAGGCCAUCCAGAGCCCUGCUGCCCGGAGCCCAGCGCCCACUCCUGAGGGGACCUCGACCAGCCCAGCCCCGGCAACUCCAGCCACUGCCAUCCCCACAGUGCCCUCAGCGACCCCCACAGCCCUGCCGGAGGAGGAGGAGGACCCAGCCCUGUCCCCACACCUCCUGCUCCCUGACAGCCUCAGCCAGCUGGAGGAGUUUGGCCGGCAGAGGAAGUGGCACAAGAGGCAGAGCACGCACCAGCGGCCCCGCCAGUUCAACGACCUCUGGGUCCGCAUCGAGGACAGGUCCUGCUGCAGACCUCGUGGAUCAGAAUCUGCAGGACAGAGGCCUGGGAAUCCGGAUGUUGAAAAAUGUGCAGCUGGAGAUUCUUCUGGGCACUGGGAAACACUGACUCAGCUCUGCCUUUAUAAAUGGUGAAAGAGUGGGAGAGGGCUUGCCCAGGGUCACAGGAGGAGUCAGGGGCUGCCUCUUGCACUUUGCACUUCAUGAAUUCCCUACAGCCAGGUCUCUGAGCCAUUGACAAAAGGUGCAUGUCGUCCAGCCCACUGUCAUGAAGUGCAUGGUAAGCACUUACCCUGUCCGGCAAGUAAGAGGAGAGCUUAUUGAUCCUUGGGCUUUGGUCUCAAAGUGCCUGACUUGGGUUACUGGGAUACGUCCUUCUGCAGAGCCCUCACAGCCCUGCCUUGCCAAGGCAGAGGCGUUGCUAUAGAUAUAUUGGCUAUGACACAUUUAGGUCAUGCACCCAGCAUGGGCACCCCUGUCCAACUGGGAGCGAGGGCGUAGAGUUACCAAGAACAACAUCCUUCAGCAGCGGGAAGGGCUUGCAGGCUGCUAGGGAGGCUCAGGGCAAAUAAAGGUGCUGGCAGCCCAUUAAGAGCUCCAAUUAGGCGGGUCACUCAGAGCCCUGAUCAACACGCCAGGAGACCAGGAGACGAGGCCAAUGGUGGGGCCAACUCUUGGGGUGAUAGGAGGCGGGCUGUCACCCCCAGCCACAGACUCCCCAACCCCUAACCAUGUCUGAAUGGUAAAUUUCUGCAAAUGACUCCAAAGGGCUUCCUUCUCACAACAUGUAGUUCAGAAACACAGAGCCUGAUUUCAGGAGAAGAAAAUAGCUUUCAUUGGCAAGAGAGGAGCCCCUUCUCCAUCCCAACAGGUAAAUAGAGGUUGGCAAACUUUCUUCCAUCGGGUUAGGGUUGCAGAAGAAAGUUUCCUUGGACAGGCAGCUUGGUGGGUAAGUUUUUCGCUGCUUCUUGGGGAAGCAGGUCCUGAGGCCCUGAGCCCCCUGAGAGGCCCAGAUGCAAAGUAUGGCCUGUUGUUCCUGGGGGACUCACUGCACCCUCCUAGGGUCCCUAAGUUUCCUUUUUUCUGAGAGGGAACAGAGGAGACCUCCUGGGGGGUUACCUGGGGCCCAUUUAUAGCUCUUUUAACAAGACCACUUUCCUUAGAGCUUUAAUUUCAUUCCAACUUUUCUCAUUUUCUACUCGUAACCCUCACUGGAGUUCCCCCUCCCCCGUCACCUUUGCCAGCACAUCCAGCACCUGUGAUCCUACAGCAGGAUCCUCAGGGUCUCCUGGCCCUGAGUCUCACCCUCAGGCAUCGCCCAUCAGCCUGAGAUCCUGCAAGUGCCUCUGCCACAUACAAGGCCAUCCCCUCCUCUCACCUCAUCCAGCACCCUUGAACCUCACCAGGUUCCUCACUCCUCUCUCUCCUGGGGCUGGGGUGUCAGUGGACAUUAGUCGAGUUCCCCCACUAUACCAGGGACCCCUGUCCUUAUACUGUCAGGAAGGUUUUACACAAGGAAUAGACCUGGCAGAUGAGGUAACUUGCCUGUGAGAGAUCACACAGAGAGGUGUCCAGGCCAAGGGUCCCCAUCAUCAUCCACCAUCAUGUGCCUACCCUUCCCGCCCUCUCUGGGGACCAGAUCUGGGUUGGACUGCUCCAGGGUGCCAGAAUGAAUGGGAGAAGGAGGGAGAGAGCUCGGGAUGCGGCCUGUGCAUGCCUGACCCAGCACCACCUGGAGCAGGCUGGCCUCCCUCGCCCCUCAUUACCCGAGAUGUAAACACACACCAGAGGAAGUUUAGAGAAGCAGCAGCCCAUGGCAGAAUGAUUUAUGGGGACCCAUGGAAAGGGCGGAGCAUGUGUCUGAGCAAUGGCAGAGCAUUCCCCUAGAUCUGAGAGCCAGAGGCAGGGCCAGACAGGGCCGUGACCAGGGGCAAGCCAGGACAGAGGUUAUUCCUAUGCAACAGGAGACCCAUGGCAAGCCUUCACUUUCUCCUUCGAUGCAGGUAGGGCCUUGACUGCUCUCUGGAGGUCAUGCCAGCUCUUAUUCUCCAAGUCCACACCUGGCUUGGGAAGGGGGGCAUUGCAUGAAUGAGGGGCCAGGGGGCUGGGCAUGACCCAAAGCAGGGCACAAAAAUGUAACACAGAGCCUUGGUGGGUGCCACCAGGCAGAGGUGGGGCUGCAGGACACACAUGCACCAGGGGUCCUUGCCCCCUGAGCCUGUUUCUCCUGAGGUUUGAGCAGGCAGCCAGGGCCUUUAAAGAGGGGCGGAGACACAGACUUCCUGCUCCUAGGGGUGGGGUGGCUCUGUGCACCUCCUGCUGGCCUGUUCUUUGUGCCCCCAGUUUCCCAAGAUCUGGUUCCUCCCAGUGUGGCCAGGCCUUCUACUGGGAAGGUCAGGGAUGGUCAGAGUCUCCACAUGAGGCCCAGACUCCACUAAAUUAGAGGCAAAAGAUGCCCCAUGAGAAAUAGGAAGAAGAAUCAUCCAAUGAGUAAAAACAGACAAAUUCAGGAAGAGUACGGGUUCAAAUCCAGCCCCUCUCCAUACUUGCUUUGGGGUUUAGAGAUCAAGAGAGAUGGUGCUUGCAAGCUUUCAGCUGGCGUCAGACUCUAGUAAGUCUUAGUAAUGGUGUGGCUUGUGCUGAUGCCUGUGACUUUCAGUCUGUGCCCCAGCAGGAAGCUGCUCAGCCACUGGGUGGGUGCUGUGAACCCCCCAUAGCUUACCAGGAACACGUUGGGCAUGUGCCGUGUUUAGUGCUGGUGAGGGACAGGAGCAGGAAGAGUUUUAGGUCAUAGCCAAGGGACAAUUGGCUCCUAGUAUGGUGCCACUGAGAAAGCCUUGGAGCCACAGUCCAGAGAUUCUACCUCAGCUUUCCUAAGUGACCUUGGCAAGUCCCAUCCCCUCUCUGGGCCUCAGUUUUCUAUCCCAGGACAGACAGGCCCUUCCACUUCUGGUCUGCUAUGAAGCUAUUUGAAAACAGAUAGUUUUCCAGAUAGUCUGCCUUGUGUCCAUGAAAGAAUUGGUCAGAAGUUGUCUGAUGAGCCCAAGGGAGAGGUGAGGACAUCCCCAACCCAGUAGAUGAGGUGUACACAGGUGUGGAGGCUUGUAGGGCCCUGGAGAUCUGCAGCUGCAGGCAAACUGAAUGCUUUGGACCUCUGCAGCUGACCUGCUUGGCCCAAAGAGGCCGAGGCCCAGACCAGAAUCACAACAGGAUCCUCUAGCCCGAUCACAUCGAGGUCUCCAUCACCUAGGCUCUAUGUGCUUCAAACUCAGCCUCCCUAUGUCUCCUUGAAGCACCAGCCUUGCUUCUCUGUGCUUUCCGCUUGGGCCUCCACUUUAGACCUGACUCUGACUUGUGCUGCUUAGAAACAUUUUAAAGUCCUUCACUACAGAAAUGGGGAAACUGAGGCCUAGAGGGCGGCGAUUGCCCAAAGUCACAUAGUGAAUGAGAGACACAGUAUAGGCUAGAGCAGGGCCUGUUGAGAGGCCCUUCCCCAUGUGAGGGUCCCGGUCGACUCAGAGCAGACUCAGCCCCUUGGUGCCAGCCAGCUGCGGAGCCUGGAAACACACACACGGUGUUUGGUUUGGCUUCAAGGCUGCUUUGCCAUGAGACAAUUUUCCCCAGUGUGAGCCUGGGAGGAGAUAGGAAUCUGGACUGGGGAACUAAGCUUUGGGAACAGAGGUGGAGGGUGGGUAUUUGGAGGGGCUGGUCCUCUGCCUCCCAGUCCUACCCCAUUUCCAGAGACUCCUUCUAAGCAAUAAGAACCCCGUGCAAGCUCCAAGGGGGGGGGUUUCAGCUUUGAUUUUCAAAGUGUGAAAGAAAAUACUUUUAGGAGCCUUGUGAGACUUAGUUUUCACAAAUCCUAAUUGGAGACAUGUAGGACCAAGACUCCUAUUUGGUUUUGCCUUCUGAUGGGGGGCGGCCAAUAUCAGCCCGGUCCCCAACUCUGGGCAUCUAAAGGGGCACACCAGCCUGCCCCCCUGGAGCCAGGCCUCCAAGCCUCCCAGCAGCCCAGGCUGAAAUUGGGCAGCUGCUAGGAAGGAAUUUUUAUGGACUUCUUGUGCUGCGUGUGGGAUCUUUGGGGGAGUUUUUUUGUUUGUUUGGUUGGUUGGUUUUUUGGUUUUAUUUUUCUUUUCAUUAGAAAAGAAAAUGAGGAAAGAGGCUGAGAUAUUGACCCCUGCACAGUGCAAGCCCACUGUGCAGGGGUCAAUAUCUCAGAGCUGAAGCCUCAGUCUCUGACUCACGGGCUCCCCAGGCAGAGUUGCUCAGUCAGGAACCGCACCUUGGCGCAGCUCAGGAGAGACAGACUGCCCCCCGUGGACAUCCUAUCUCUUGCAAGAAACUAAUGCUCUUCAAGCUCAACGUCCUCAUCUUGGAAAUGGAAAUAAUAAUCCAGUGACACGCCAAUAGCAUCAAGCAGUGUCUGCUGGCACACAGUAAGUGCUCCAUAAAUGGACAGUGCGAUUAGUGGGAGAGACACCGACCCAAAAAUAUUAAUCAUGAUGCUAAAAAUAACCAACUGCAUCUAGCACUUUCUGUGUGCCAGGCACUGUUGUGAGCACUUUACGCAUAGAAACCCAUUCAAACUGUGUAUAAUAAACAGAGACCAGUGGCACAGUGAAGCCAGUAAGAAAUGUACAAGGUUUGGAGGGAGGCUUAAUACCCCAGGUGGCAUUGGGGAUUGGAGGACAAAUCAAAGUAGGCCUCUCCAGGGGAAAACAGCAAGGCCGCAGGUGUGGCUGGAAGGACUGGGGUAGGGCAGGGCAGCCAGGCCACAUCAGGCUGGCACCAGUGGGAGGCAUUGCACGAUUGAUUUUAUGAGUGAAGAAGGGUCUUGGCAGCCACCUGGCCAACCCCUCGGGUUACACAUGCACACACUCUGCUCAGAAAUGCCGUCCCUAUGUCUUCUAGGUGGGACAGACUUUGCUCCCUUCUCUCCUGAUAACUUCUCCGAGACUUCCUCAAGUCUCGUGAUGUACAGGAGACCAUGGUAUAUCACACCUGUAGAUCCCAAGGUGAAAAGCACCUUGUGUGGGAUGCAAGGGGUUCUUGUGUUCAGAGUACCUACCAGAGUAGGAGAGGGAGGGAGGGACAGGGCAGUGGGUCACUGGGUGCUCAAAGGCCAUUUGGAUGUUCACUCCCAAGCUGAGGUCCUACCCUGAGCCUUUGUGGAGGCAGAUGUGUGCUCCCAGGCUGAGGCUGAGCAUGGCCUCUGAGAGAGGAGUCCGGCCGAGACAAGGCUGAGCUCUGGUGCUGAUGAUUACAGACUCCAACCACUGUGAUUAUGGCCGGCUGUUAGAACCUCAUGACCCAGGGAGAUCCAAGGAGUAAGCAGCCUCUCGGAGAGCGAGGCAAGUGCUAGGGAGUGGGGCAGUGCCCCACACGGGGGCACCGAGGCUGCAGACCCCAUGGAGACUGCCCUGCCCCAUUUCUACCAUCCCAUCCCAUGCCCUGACCAGGGAAGGGCAAGCUCCUGGCCCACCCAUCUGAAAGGGAGCAUCUGUGUACCCAGAUCCUGGCCCCGCUGUGUGUCCUGCCUUGAGCAAGUUACCUAACUUCUUGUGCCUUAGUUUCUUCCUAAGUACAAUGGAGAUACCAACCGUCCCUCCCUCAUAGUAUUGUCAUGAAGAUUCAAGGCCAAUGUAUGACAAAUGCUGUGCCAGGGACAGGGCUGCAGUGUCCCCUCUCCUGGGAGGCCUUCCUGGCCCUACACUGGGUCCAGGGACAGGGCUGCAGUGUCCCCUCUCCCAGGAGGCCUUCUUGCCCCUGCACUGGACGGGUUCCCUCUGUGUGCCUGCUGCCCAAAGGCAGGUUUGGCCAUUGCCUCUGGGCCCAGCCUUUUCUUUACCUCCAGGCCCAUCCCUCUGGUUCGUAGGUGUUCUGGCAGACUCCUGCCUUGGUAGCCCCUCUAUGUUACAUCAUGGUCUUGUCCUUGCUCCCCCUUGGUCCCUGCCUAGCCCUCUCUCUCUUUGCGUAUCCAUUUCCUAUUUGUCUCUUUCCCGGACUUGAGCCAGUAACCUGGUGCUGAGUCCCACGUGGGCCACCUUCUCCCUGCACGUGCUAGGCUCAGGUCAGCCUGCCAGCUCAUGCCUAUGCUUCAUCUCCUUAGAUUUUCCUCUGUCUCUGUCACACAAGCUUUCUUGAACCAAAAAUUUCACCUGUUACCUCCAAAACUGGAUUCUGUUUUUGUAAAUUCAUGAAGGACUGCAGCUUUCACUAAACACAUCUGUGGUUGUGCAAAGUGAAGCAGACCCCAGGCUCCUGCCCCAGGGUCAGGCCGUCCCACUUUCCUCUAUGACUGGCCACCACGUAGCCUCUCUGAGUUCAGUUUUCUUAUUUAUGGAAAGGGAGUGAUGAGACCCAUUUUGAAAGUUUGUCAGAAGGACCAGGAAAGUGCUGAACUGACAGUGGAUGCUAAGUAAAUCAUGGUUACUAUGAUGAGGGCUGUGAAAAUGGUGGGUCGCUUGCUCUGUUCUCUGUAUAUGUCAGCAGUGUGGGAGGGGAGAGCGCCAGGAGAGCAGGGCACCUGUGUAGGUGGGUGUGGGGGCUGACGGCACCCAAGAAGCCCCAGAUCUAGCUCCUUCUUCACAUUGAUUCUUUCUGCCUGGGGCCCAUUUUCUUGAGUGGUAACUCUUGAGACCUACAGCCCCCAGAGCCUGGCCCAUCCUCAGGAGCCUGGCUCUGGAGGGUAAGUUUGGCCUCUGGAGCUCAGCCUAGCUGGCUUUCUGGCUCUAGCUUGCUUACUUUCUCUGCCCCAGUCCCUUGUUUUCUUCUCCAUUUUAUGAGAAAAAAUGGAUCUGAUCAAGCUACAGCUGAUCCCCAAGGCUUCUGCCCAGGACAAGGUUACCAUCGGUCACACUGCCCUGUGUCUCCCCCUUUCUAGCACCAGCGCCUCGCCAUCCCCACUACCCCUGCAGCCCACCCCCAGCACUGGGACCGCCAAGCCUCCCUUCCAGCUCUCAGACCAGCUCCAACCGCAGGACCCACCGGGACCCGCCAGCAGCGCAGCACCCAGCUGUU